AUGAGAAUUCGUACCAUAAACUUGAGGGAUGAGAACACUCCUUCGCUCAUCCCUCCCUCUUCUGAAAUUAUGAAAAUUCUUGGAUCGGAAUUAUUGAAAAUAGUUCAAUUAAACGUAGUAAUGGAUGCUACUCAAUGCAACCACACAGAGGAAGGAAGAGUGAGCGAGAAGCCUUCGGAAAAUUCUAAUCCUUCUCUCCGGAAAGUUCUAAUGAAUGGUGGUAUUAUUCAUGAAAUUUGGGAAUAUUUAUAUCUCAUGUUUAUGGAUUUGCUCGACAUGAUUCUGAUUUAUUCUGAAACAUUAUUCAACAAGUUGGUGAAUGAGUUUGUAUUGUGUUCAAUAUUCAACAUCAAAAUGGCACCACCACACACUUAA